AUGUUGUAUUUCGUGGUACUCAUUGAGGACGCUUUGGAACGAAGCGCACCAUUCAUCGCCAGAUACGCUCGAGAGUCUGAGCUUGGCGAACGAACACACUCGCCCAGAGAGCCACUUCUCAAGGCAUCUUUGAUCCAAGCGAUGGACGAAGUCAUUUGCACUAAAGCCAGAGCCCAUCAAGAUUUCCUGCGGACAGCCGACGUGAGUGAGCGCAGAUCACCCUCUCCUAACAAUCCAUAUGUCUCAUCCCGAGCUACCUUGACUAUUACCCUGAUGAGGAGAGCUUUCCCCAAAUUUGUCCGCGCCGACAAAUAUGCCUUGAAGCCGGGGCAUCGUCCUACAGGCUUUGGGCUCCGUACCACGUUCUGCUCACCAUGCCGUUCGCUCGCACAAGUCCAGUCGAACCGCGAAAUCUUUCCUGAAAUCUGGUUCACGAGCUCAAGUCCGCGCCGUCGUGCGCCCGAACAACCUGGGGCCAAAUCUGAAGAUGCACCCCCAGACGAGCGGACCUUGAAGCUGGGCAAGAUCUCCGGCCGCGUCGCCUACCAUGCAGCCCUUUGGACCGCCCCUAUGGCUUGGGGCCGCGUCCCAAUUGUCGGCAAUGUCAAGCUUAUAAUUCUCAGUGAGCGUGUAGCGAAAAACGGACCUACCUACUCCCACAUCGCUCACUCCCACAUCAACAACGAGCGCCUUGUUGUGCGCUGGAAAACGUGUGGCAAGACACAAGGCAAAGGCAUGGGUGCGCUGUAUCGUGGGAUUGGGGCUAGUGAACAGGUGGACAAGAUUACCGAAUGGUUGGGUGGCGACGCGAGGGAUGAUGAGGAAUUUUGUGGGAAAUUCAUAUUCGAAUUUGACGAGGAGGGAAGGAUUCUUACACACACCAUUGAGCACGCAGAAGAAAACGGGGAUCUAGAGAAGACAAGUAGGGUGGUUAGUGUGACCGAUUGGUUAUUGGGAAGGCCGUGGAAGAAAAAAACGCCGGAGCUAGCAUGGAGUUGUGUUGCAGAUGAAGAUGGCACUGGGAGGAUGAGGGAGUUCGAGGGGAGGGGAAGUUGA